UUAAACAACAUCAUUCAGUUGCACUUAAGAUUUCAUUCGGUAUUGAGGUUCGGGAGUUAAGAAAAAUAUGUUUCCCAUGCGUGAAAGUGCACCAUCUUAAACCUAGAAUAUAAUGAGAGUGAAUCUUUUAUGGUUUUCGGAAAAAAGAAAAAUCAAAAGGAUUGGCGCUAAUACAAUAGAGUUGAACUGAGCUAAUACAAAUAGAGUUGAAUGAACUGAUUCUCUGCGCGAUGUUACGAAUGUUGAAGACGAUCGUUCACUGUUUAUCAAUACUGGCAAUAUUAGGGGCAACUGCGAUCACGGCAAGCGAUAAUCAACAUUAUCAGCCACCGUUGGAGUGUUACGACCCAUAUGGGAGACCGCAGCGGUGUAUACCCGAGUUCGAGAAUGCUGCAUAUCAAGUAGAAAUUGAAGCGACAAAUACUUGUGGAGAAGAUGGAGUAACAAAUUUUUGCGUUCAAACUGGAUAUUCUAAUCGGAAAAGUUGCGAUGAUUGUCGAGAAAAUCAACAUGCACCCCACUUCUUAACAGAUUUACACGACCCCACGAACCCAACCUGGUGGCAAUCAGAAACAAUGUUCGAAGGAAUCCAAUAUCCGAAUCAAGUUAAUCUAACGCUCAAGCUGGGAAAAUCAUUUGACAUCACAUAUAUUCGAAUCGUCUUCUACUCUCCGCGACCAGAGUCAUUUGCAAUUUACAAACGUGUAACACCAAACGGCCCAUGGACUCCAUAUCAGUACUACAGUGCCACUUGCCGGGAUACCUAUGCACUUCCAGAUUCUCUUUCGGUAAUGAAAGGAGAAGAUGAAUCGCGUGCACUAUGUACUAGCGAGUAUAGUGAUAUUUCCCCUUUGCGAGAUGGAAAUAUCGCAUUCUCGUCACUUGAAGGGAGACCAAGCGCAAUAAAUUUUGAACACAGUCUAGAAUUGCAGCAAUGGGUAACUGCCACAGAUAUCCGUAUUACGUUAGACCGUUUAAAUACUUUCGGCGAUGAAGUAUUUGGAGAUGCUCAGGUGCUUCAGUCAUAUUUCUACGCGAUAGCUGAUAUUGCAGUUGGUGCUAGAUGUAAAUGCAACGGUCAUGCAAGCGAAUGUAUAACUAGUACCAGCAGCAGUGGUCAACGCGGCCGGAUAUGUAAAUGUCAACACUACACUGAUGGGCCUGAUUGUGAAAAAUGCUUGCCGUUCUACAAUGAUGCUCCAUGGGGACGAGCAACAUCGAAGAAUGUUCACGAGUGCAAACCCUGCAACUGUAACGGAUACUCAACUAAAUGUUUCUUCGAUCGUCAACUAUACAAUUUAACUGGACAUGGCGGUCACUGUCUUGAAUGUGGUGCAAAUCGAGAUGGACCAAAUUGUGAACGCUGCAAGGAAAAUUUCUACAUGCGCGAAGAUGGGUAUUGCAUCAAUUGUGGUUGUGAUCCAACGGGUUCCAGAUCACUGCAAUGCAAUGCGGAAGGAAAGUGCCAGUGCAAGCCAGGAGUAACGGGAGAAAAAUGCGAUCGCUGUGAGAACAAUUUUUACAAUUUUGGACCACACGGCUGUCAACCUUGUAACUGUGAUGCUCGCGGUUCCUAUGAAAACACACCAUCUUGCGAUCCUGUCAACGGUAUUUGUGUUUGCAAAGAAAACGUGGAAGGGCGCCACUGCCGUGAAUGCAGACCUGGUUAUUUCAAUUUGGAUCUAGAUAAUAAAUUUGGAUGUACUCCAUGUUUCUGUUAUGGCCAUACGAGUGAGUGUACGAGCGCAGCAGGAUACUCGAUAGUUUCCACCACCUCCAAUUUUAACAAACAUAAAGAAAAGUGGACCGCAGCCACUCAGAGUGGAACUGUCGUAGAUAUCAAGUACAACUCAAAAGGUCAAACUAUCGGAGUGGGUGCACAAGGGUAUGAACCAAUCUAUUUUUUGGCCCCAGACCGUUUUCUUGGAGAUCAACGAGCUUCAUACAAUAAAGUUUUGAAAUUCCGACUUCAACUCGUUGGCCAACCCCGACCAGAUGUUUCCACAUACGAUGUUAUUCUGCAGGGUUCAAACAGCAGUAUAUCUCUACCAAUAUUCGCACAGAAUCAACAAAUGCCUGAUGAUGAAAUGAAAGAAUUUACAUUUACCCUGCAUGAACAUCCUGAAUAUUCAUGGCAACCAUCUAUGUCUGCCAGAGGUUUUAUGUCAAUUUUGAGCAAUCUCACUGCAAUUAAAAUACGAGCUAUUUAUUCCGACUAUGGUGAAGCAUUUUUGGAUGACGUUGAACUGCAGACCGCACAUCGAGGAGCAGCAGGACGUCCAGCCACAUGGAUUGAACAGUGUACAUGCCCAGAGGGAUAUUUGGGUCAAUUUUGCGAAUCUUGUGCUCCUGGUUACAGGCACAACCCUGCAUUAGGUGGCCCCUUCAUGCCUUGUAUACCUUGUGAUUGUAAUAAGCAUGCGGAAAUAUGCGAUUCUGAAACGGGACGAUGCAUCUGUCAACACAAUACUGCAGGUGACACAUGUGAUCAAUGCGCGAAAGGUUAUUAUGGUAACGCUUUAGGGGGUACUCCUUAUGAUUGCAAACGUUGCCCUUGUCCGAAUAAUGGAGCAUGUAUGCAAAUGGCAGAUGAGUCAGUCAUAUGUCUUGAGUGCCCAGUUGGAUAUUUCGGACCCAGAUGUGAGCUAUGUUCCGAUGGUUACUACGGUGAUCCAACCGGCGUUCACGGUUCCAUUCGAAUGUGUCAACCAUGUGAUUGUAAUGGUAAUGUCGAUCCAAAUGCUGUUGGCAAUUGUAAUCGCACUACAGGCGAGUGUUUGAAAUGUAUUCACAACACAGCUGGUGUCCACUGCGACCAAUGUUUACCAGGUCAUUUCGGAGAUCCACUUGCGCUACCUCAUGGAAACUGCGAUCAAUGUAGUUGUUAUCCCAGAGGAACAGAACAAACAGACAAGGGCAUUUCCAUAUGUGAUCCUAACAAUGGGAACUGCCAGUGUAAGCCGAAUGUAAUUGGUCGUAAUUGUAACGAGUGUAAGAAUGGUUAUUGGAAUAUAAUCUCUGGAAAUGGAUGUGAAAAUUGUAAUUGUGAUCCAACGGGAAGCUUCAAUUCAUCCUGCGAUACGUACACUGGUGAAUGCUAUUGUAAACCUGGAAUUAUUGGCAAAAAAUGUGAUAAAUGCGCAGUAGCACACUAUGGAUUUUCACCUGAAGGAUGCAACUCUUGUGACUGUGAUCCCAGUGGAUCAAAAGGAUCUCAAUGUGACCAGUACGGACAAUGCCCUUGUAAUGACAAUGUAGAAGGAAGGCGUUGUGACCGAUGUAAAGAGAAUAAAUAUGAUCGCCAUCAAGGUUGCCUAGAUUGUCCUGCGUGCUACAACUUAGUACAGGAAGCUGCAAAUGAACAUCGCCAUAAGUUGGCCAAUCUGAACAAAAUUUUACAAGACAUUCAAUCGAAGCCAAUUGUCAUAGAUGAUAAUGAAUUUGUUGCUAAACUCAGAGCAGUCCAAGAUAAAAUUGAAAUCCUCGUUGAAGAUGCGAAAAGUGGCUCCGGUGGAGGUGAAAAAACACUGAAUGAAAUGCUGCAGGAUUUAGAAAAGCGCCUUGAAAUUGUUCAGGAUUUGCUCAACAAAGCUGAUCAAUCUCAAGCGUCUACUGAUUUGAAGAUAGGCAAAGGAACUAGCAAUGCAACAAUAGCCAACAAUCAAAUACAAGAAGCCCGCCGAGAGCUAGAAAAUGCUAUCGAUUUGUUACAAACCGAUGGAAACGGAGCAUUGAAUAGAGCUCGGGAUAUAUCUGGUCGAUUAGGUAACCAAACUAAUCAAAUCAGUGGUAUUUCUCGAGAGGCUCGACAGUAUGCAGAUCAGUUUAAAAAAGAGGCUGAUGAAAAUAAGAAACAAGCUGAGGAGGCCCUUGAAAAAGCAACAAAGGCACAUAACAUGGCGAAAAACACAAUUAAUUUGCAAGCCAACAUCAGCGAAGAAUUCCGGACAAAUAUUUCAAGUGAAGUGCAACAAGCUAAAGAUAAACUCAAUACAGUAUCUAAGUUAACAGAGCAAGCUUUAACGAAGGCUAAUGAAGUAUUUGAUGAUGCUCUUUCACAAUUUGUAACUGUGAACAAUUUGUCCCCCCCUAGUAUUGAUAUUGAUCACAUUAAAAAAGAAUCCAACAAGUAUAAUAAGGAAGCAGACAAAAUAAAUGAAGAUUUAGAUAAAACUAUAGAGGAUCAUAGCACUUUAUUAACUGACGUUAGCGAAAAUAUUGAACUAGCCAACACGUUACUGGAAAGGGCUGAAUCCCAAAAAGACGAUGCUAUUAGAGCCGUUCAAGAGCUAGAAUUCGCAAGAGAGCUAGCAGAAAAAGCAGUAGCCGAAGGCGAUGGAACUCUGAAGAAAGCAAAUUUUACAUAUCACACACUUUCAGGAUUCAAAAAUCAGGUCGAAGAUUCGAAACAGAAAGCUGCAGAAGCACUUCAAUCUGUACCAAGUAUCCAACGACAGAUUGAAAAUGCUAUUGAAUUGAUUGCUAACUCGGAAGCAGCAUUAAGAAGCGCCAAUAUGAACGCUGCGGAAUCCCGUGUAAAUGCACAAACAGCUCAGAAGAAAUAUGCCGAAGAAGCGUCUAAGCUUGCUGAGAACAUCAAGAAACGAGCCAAUACAACGAAAAAUACUGCCCGUGAUUUACGGCACGAAGCUGAUCAAUUAAAUGGCAGAUUAGCAAAAACAGAGAACAGUCUAUCCGAACGAGAAACGAAUAUUCGCAAGGAUUUCAACCUUACAAAAGAGGCUAAAGAAAAAGUUGGUCAGGCCCAACUUAACUCCAAUGAAGCUAAAUCCCAAGUUGAAAAAGCUAUGAAAGAUAUAAAGGCGAUAAUUGAUGAGUUAGCCGACUUACGCGAUAUUGACAUACAAAGUCUGGAUGCUUUAGAUGACCGUUUGACUGCAGCUGAAAAGGAGUUGGAAGAUGCCCAGCUGAAGAAUAAACUUCAUGUACUAAAUGAAUCUAAGAACAUUCAAUCACAAAACAUAAAAAGUUAUCAGCGGGAAUUAGCAGAACUUGAAGGCGAAGUAGCAAUAAUUAAGAUGAUCGCAGACUCUUUACCAGCUAAUUGUCAUAAAAGACUACGUCUUGAGCCAUAAAUAGUAUAUCAAUUAGGGUUCAACCUAAUGGAGCUAGAUACUUGCUGCCUUUAUCCGUGUUUUUUGGUAAUUAAAUAUCCAUAGGUUUCUAAACACGAAUCAUGCAUUUACGAAAAAUCAAAUGUGCCAACAACGAGUAAUAUAGUAUAAGACGUGUGCUAAACUAAAAAGUGUAUUUAAAUGAGCAUAUCAGAAAAUACUCCACCACUCGUAUUAAAUUAAAAAAGAUUUUUUUUUCAUGACUUUGAAAUUCGAUAGAUUUGUCCAGGUGUUUAAACAAAGUUACUUAAAAUAUAGAAAGCUAAAUUUGUAAGCAAAUUAUACAUGUCAUAUAAACAAUAAAUACCAUUUUUGAUCCAACUAGUA